CUAAAAUGCACGUGGGCUCGAACUUGAAAUUGUAGUAGAGUAGUGAGCAUUGACCUGACUAAUGUGAGCAUUUCGCAAUUACUCUGUACGUGUGUGUAUACAACGUCUCGACGUAAUCUCUGGAAAAAUGGCUUCUAUGGUACUGGCUGGUUUAGGACUAGCUGCAGUGGGAUUUGCAGGACGGUAUGUUCUCAAGCAAAUGCCAAUAUUAUCUCAAAAAAUGGCUGAAGCUGUUAAGAAUAUGCCAAAAUUAGACACACAGUCUUUGGCAAACAGCAAGUAUUACAAAGGAGGGUUUGAACAGAAAAUGAGCAGAAGAGAAGCUGCUCUUAUUCUCGGAUGUUCACCAACAGCUUCCAAAGCAAAAGUAAAAGAGCAGUUCAAGAAAAUAAUGUCGGCAAAUCACCCUGAUCGUGGAGGGUCACCUUAUAUAGCAGCUAAAGUAAACGAAGCAAAAGAUUUACUUGAAAAGUGAACAAUGUUUGU